GAUUUUUUUAAUAAACAAUAAUCAUGUGUCUGUCAACUGUCAAGUGUCAUUUAGCAAAAAAAAUUAAAUUAUUCCCUUUAAUUUGUUAAUUAAAUAUCCAAAAAGUUUUUUAUAUUUUACAACAAAUUUUUAACUUUAUAAAAGUAUUAUCUUUUUAAAUACAUAAAAAUUAAAUAGCUGUCAAUAUAGUGUGUAUUAUUUAUUUGCUAUUGUAAUCAAUUGUAAUUAGUUAAAAGACAAUAACAAUAUAAUUUUGACAUUAAAAAAUGAAUGUCGUUAAAAUAAAUCUGAGAAAUGUGAUAUUUGUGAUGAUGGCAAUGCUUGUUAAUAAUAUAAAAGAGGUUGACAUGGGAUAUGAAAGUAUGGUGAGCUAUGCAUCUGCUAAUGUGACACCUGCCACUAGCAAUAGAAAGCACAACAUGUAUGACAUGUGUCCUGUUGGUAAAGAAUGUUCAAAGCUAAGUGUUGAAUGUCUCAACUGUGAUUUAACAACAAAUUGUGUUUAUGGAGCAACAUAUACUACCAAUUGUACUGUUCCAGAUCAAGUUGAUUGUUUGGGGGAAAAAGUUAUAACUAAACAGUACAUUUGUAGAUAUUGUUAUCAAACUGAUCACUGGGAGCAUAAAUGUCAUUUAAAAAAUUCAUGUAGUUCAGUUGCAUCACCACCCCAAUAUUACAGAACAAAUUGUACAGUUAACAGUGACAUAAUAUGUCUAGGAAAAAGAAAAUUUAUGAAAAAUUUACGUUGUAAUUGGACAGCUGGUUACAGAUGGUCAACAGCUCUUAUACUUAGCAUAACUCUUGGGGGUUUUGGAGCAGACAGAUUUUAUCUUGGACAUUGGCAAGAAGGGAUUGGUAAAUUAUUUAGCUUUGGAGGUCUAGGUGUUUGGACUCUUAUUGAUGUUAUGCUCAUUUCAAUGAGAUAUUUAGGUCCAGCUGAUGGAUCUUUGUACAUCUAGAUUUGCCAAAAUAAACCCUAAUUUUAACUUUGCAUUUGUAUAAAAUAUUAGUUGAUUAAUUUUAAAAUAAUUCAAUAUUAUUAUUAUAGCUUUAUUUAUUUAUUAAUAAUGUUAUUAAUUGCUAUAUUGU